AUGGCUCCUGUUCCAGGUAAUAAACGGAAGAGAGGCGACAGAACCUGGUCUGGCGACUCGUCAAAUGAUAGCCCUCGACCUUCUCCGCACCGUCCAAGCAAUCUGAACCUAGCUCAGCAGCAGCAGCAACACCAGGGCAGAGAUGGCCAGGAAGGCCGUGGGAGAGGUGGCCGGAGAGCCAGUCGAGGCGGCCGUAAUACCAGAAGAGCUAGCGACGGACCAUACAUUCAGCAACAGCAGCAGCAACAACAGCAACGAGAGAGUCCUGCCCCCGCGAAGCCUGUCCCCGCAUCGACCGGCAACGAAGCAGAGCAAACUAAGCCCAACGGCGUACCAGUCACACCGUCUCCCGUCAUUCCGGUAGAAGUGCAGCAGCAUGUUGUUGUGACGAAGACGUCGUCUUACUGCUAUGAUCACAUUUCUACGGACUGCAUUGCGAACUGGGCUGGAACCGGUCGGCAGGCAGUCAUAGAGGUUGGGACAAAAGCUCGAACGGAGGGAGAUUUUCUCACCCUAUCUUCAAUAUUUCAAGAGACCGUUCAGCUGGCCCUUGAGGGUCGCGUAUCGCCUCAUGACCUGGGAACGACAGUGCGCGCCAUCAUAGGCGACACCGAGGCGAUAGGUUCAACUCUAGAUUCGCGCUCUAUAUUCCUCGAUACCCUCUCCAUUCUAACCGAAACAGAUCCCUCUAAUCCUAACCUUCGCCCCUUCAUCUUCGCGACUAGAAUUCCCUCUGAUAUCAUGAGGGUUCAGCUUGAAACUCCGCUUCUUCAAUCCCUUGGUUUGAUCCGUGACACAUUCGCCCGGAUGGGCAUCCGAAAGCAGACAAACCUCCUGUACCGGCAGUCAAAUUAUAAUCUUUUGCGAGAGGAGUCCGAAGGAUACUCGAAGCUUUUGACUGAACUAUUCACCACGAGCAACAAUGAACCACCAUCCAGCGAGGUAGUUGAAGAUACUUUUGAGCGCGUAAAGGCGAUGAUAGGUGCUUUUGACAUGGACGUUGGAAGGGCCCUUGACGUUACCCUCGAUGUUUUUGCUGCCGUUCUCGUCAAACAAUAUCGAUUUUGUGUCAAAUUUCUACGGGCCAGUUCUUGGUGGCCAAAGGAAGAUGGCCUGGAAGGACAUAAUUCCAUGUCCGGACUCCCUCGAUGGGCCUUACCUGGUUCUUCCGGAUGGUCGACAACGGAUGAAGAGCGGGCGGAAAUGCUUCGGUUGAACGAGAGCAGAGACAACGGGUUCUGGAAUAGGGUGAGAGAAAUCGGCAUACGUGCCUUCUUUGAGCUCGGCCGUCGGCCAAUUUCGGAGGAGGAACAGCAUAAAUUCAUAUCUGCAGCUGAAGGAGACACUAUAAACGACAGCGAUGAGACAAAAAGUUGGAUUCAGCAAACAGGAACUCUGCCCCCGAAGGGUAACCGAGUGGCAGCACAACUUCUCGGUUUCAAACUACGAUAUUACUCCUCGGGCGCACGAAACCCAUCCGAUGUCCUUCCUGAUAAUCUAAUAUAUCUUGCGGCGCUCCUCAUCAAAGUUGGCUUCAUAUCUCUGCGGGACCUAUACCCUCAUCUUUGGAGGCCAGACGAGUCCAUGGAUGCUUUAAAGGAGGAGAAAAUGAAGGAGAAAGCAGAGAGGGAGGCAGCCGCUCGCCAUGGCGGAGCUGUCAAUGCCUUGAUGACAGCCGGUGCACUGGUAGAUGAUACUCUACCACCCCCUCCUCGAAUUCGAGAGCCAGAUGCGAGAUCUGCGACCCCUGCGCGAGACCACGAUCAUGACCAGGAUAAAUCGGUACCUUCCAAGGGAGAUGACAAGGAACAACUUCCAGAACCCGCAGAUCAGAAGGUCCUACUAUUAAAAAGUCUGCUUGCUAUUGGCGCUCUUCCGGAAUCCUUAUACAUCUUAGGAAAGUUUCCGUGGUUAUUGGACGCUUACCCCGAGCUUCUCGAAUUCAUCCAUCGCAUUAUUCACCACUGCUUAAGCAAGGUCUACAACAGCGUACGGCCACUGGUAGAGCGAGAGGAACUUAAGAGCCGAAAAAAGAUCGUUAGCACAGAUCAAUCCAUCACAUUAUCUGGCAAAAUUCGACUUGGGGAUCCGUCGCCUCGACGUAUUCUCCGCUGGGCAUUGCUAGACAAAGAAGAUACUAACGAUGGCACCGAUUAUCGCUUCUACUGGGAUGAUUGGGCGGAUAAUAUCCCUAUUUGUCAAUCUAUUGACGACGUGAUCGCUCUCUGUGGCUCAUUUUUGAACCUUUCCGGAGUGAAAAUUGGCAAUGACCCCAGUUUACUCACAAAACUCGCCCGCAUUGGCAACCACAGCCUGAAAACCGAUACGUCCGAUGCUAAUAACGUUCGUUGGAGAGACCUUUGCAAGCGUCUGCUCGUUCCCGCCCUCAGUUUGACCAAAGUCAACCCCGGAGUUGUCAACGAAAUCUUCGAAUUAUUACAGCAUUUCCCUCAGGAUGUUCGAUUUUCUAUCUACGCGGAAUGGAACGUUGGACAGAUUUCCAGGCUACCAGAUAUCAAAUCAGCAUUCGACCUUGCUCGCGCCCAGACGAAGGACUCGUUAAAACGAUUAAGCAAAACUAAUCUCCGACCGAUGGCGAGGACACUGGCCAAAAUCGCGUAUGCAAACCCUGGAAUAGUUAUCAACGUUGCCAUCAGCCAGAUCGAGUCCUACGAAAAUUUGAUUGAAGUUAUCGUUGAAUGUGCGCGGUAUUUUACCUUCCUGGGCUACGACAUCUUAACUUGGGCAUUGGUGAAUUCGUUAGGACAAAAAGGGCGGAGUAGGAUGCAAGCUAGUGGUUUACUUGCAAGCCGAUGGCUAAAUUCUCUAGCCGCUUUUGCCGGCAGGGUCUUUAAACGAUACUCGAGCAUCAUGAACCCGAUCCCGGUCCUUCAAUACGUUAGCGAUCAAUUACGUCAAAACAACUCUACGGAUCUCCUUGUGCUGGAGCAGCUCAUUAGCUCAAUGGGAGGCAUUGUCACUGAUAACAGCUUUAACGAUGCACAACUCCAAGCUAUGGCUGGCGGAGAAGUGCUCCAAUCUCAGACAAUGCUACAAUUAUUGGAUAAGCGACACGAGUCCAAAACAACCUCUAAGAGGCUCAUGAAAUCGUUGUUUGAUUCAAACUUGGCUGGAUUGCUCCUUAUCGCGAUGGCACAGGAACGGGUUACCUGCAUUUUCAAGGAGUCUGAAUCCGAAGCGGAAUUGAAACUACUUGGUAAUAUAUUUGAUGAAACACAUCGUGUGUUAACGCAGUACUUGGACCUCCUUCGAUCCAACUGCACGGUGGAGGAAUUCGACUCUUAUGUUCCCGACGUUGUAUCUCUGAUUAGCGAGUUUGGGUUACAGCCUGAGGUGGCAUUCUGGAUAUCACGCCCAAGCAUCGCUCAACGCGUAGCCGAUAUGAAUAAACAAAUACAGGAAGCCGCAGCAAAGAAGGGAGAACCUGAAACCUCAACGCCAGAUAAAGGUGCCAACGGUGAUAUCGAAAUGGGCGAAGACAAAGACGUUACUGAGUCAACAACUACACAGGAUGGAGCCAUGUCUGUGGAUGCGCAAGCACCAGCCGACGAUGCAAAAUGUGGCCAAGAAUCGAACGCCCUGGCCUCCGUCGGUACUGAGAAAGCAACCAGUGCGGUUUCACCGUUCAAUGCGGUUGUUGAAGAACUCAUGGAAAAGAUGAAAGCAUCAGCACCUGAGUCCCUCUGGGAAGUUGUCGGCUUGCCAUUCUAUGUCACAUUUUGGCAACUCUCGUUGUAUGACAUUUAUGUGCCACAAAAAUCUUACGAAGACGAAACGGAACGCCUUAAGAAACGAGUUAUUGCCAUCUCACAUGAUAGAAUGGACAUGAGCUCGGCUGGCGCCCAACGCAAGGAGAGAGAAAAGAGGCAGAUCAAUGAGCUUCACGAUCAGAUCCUGGAUGAAAAUAAAAGGCACAUCAAAGCCUAUGGCCAGACCCGCGCAAGAUUACAAAAGGAGAAGAGCCAAUGGUUUGUUGGCAUGCGUGUGAAACAUGAGCCUCUAAAUAUUGCGCUGAUGCAGCAAUGUUUUCUGCCUCGUGUCCUGCUUUCUCCUAUUGACGCCUUCUACAGUUUCAAAAUGCUCAAAUACCUACAUUCGUCUGGUACCCCUAACUUCCGAACGGUGGGACUCUUGGACCAACUCUUCCGGGAUCAACGAUUAACAAGUAUAAUAUUCCAAUGCACGGCCAAGGAGGCCGAUAAUUUUGGUCGUUUUCUCCAUGAACUGCUCCGUGACCUCAGUAGGUGGCACGCAGACAAGGUUGUAUAUGAAAAGGAGGCAUUCGGAGCCAAGCGUGAUCUUCCCGGAUUUGCCAGGACCAUGGACCCCGAGGGAAAGCCCACCACAUUCCUAGACUAUGAGGACUUCCGUCGCAUCUUAUAUAAGUGGCAUCGGCAGUUAAGUGCGUCUCUGAAAACUUGCUUGUCGGGAGGCGAGUAUAUGCAUAUUCGAAAUGCAAUUAGUGUUUUGAAAGCUGUUAUGCAGUACUUCCCAGCAGUCAACUGGAUUGGUCGAGAUAUGCAGACGUGUGUGGUUGCAUUAACAAACUCCGAUCCGCGAGAUGAUAUCAAGAUCCCCUCAGCGACCUUAGUAGGGGAUUUGAGUAGGAGAGAGAAGAAAUGGCUCCUCCCACAGGCCUUCACCAUUUUGAACCCUCAAGCCGCUAGUGGAGAGACUGGAACUAAUACGCCCAAAAAUGAAUCUGGACAAGAAGACAAGGCCGCCAGUGGUAAGCCGCGGACACCACAAUCCCAGUCAAUAACGCCCAAACCCCUAAGUGCUACUGCGCCUGAGUUCCAGCCGACUGCUACAGCCAUUAAGACAAAUGGAACAACACUUUCGCCUGCAGCUGGCCGGUUAGAGGUCGAGGAUGGGGAGAUUGAAGAUGCGAAGAAGGAAGAGGUAAAAGUGGUAGAGGAGACCGGUCAGGCCCGCUUCAGCAACCGUGCUACACCAAUGCCAAAACCAACCGGCCAGACGGGUACAUCUGAUGAAACGACGGAAGAUCACAAGGGUCAAACCCCAUCCGCGCAAACACAAGAAUCAGCAGCACCUCAGGAUCACCGCAGCACCACUCCCGUCCCGAACAAAGAUGACCUCCGUGCUCGGGAUACAGGUAACGACAUGUCUCCUCAGUCUGCAUCCGGCACCAGAAGCAGGACACCUUCGGAAUCAUCGCAUCUAUCCAGCUCCUCCAAACGCAUAGAAGUUGAUCGACAUGGCAGCAGUGGCACAGGACUUCGUCCACCAGCCAAUCUUCCCAAUAAGCCAGAUCUUCCUCGUCAGUAUAGACAUUCUGACCUGAGAACACCUGGAAUGCGGCCAACGGAUAUUCCUAGCGAUCGACGAGACGGGCGAGACUACAAGUAUCCUGAGCAGGGCCGUCUUUCUAGAUAUGGACCUCAUGACCAUGACCGGUUAUCUGACCACCCGAGCGCAGUUGAUUCCCGUAGUUUUGGUCGACUUUCAGAAAAGGACAUGGCCCGCCGGCCUUACGCAGAAGAUCAUAUGGGCCGACCACCUCAUAUUCGAGACCCAGUAGGUUCCCGGGAUCAAGAAUGGAGAGAACGACAUAGUCGAGGCAGACUAAAUCCGCCAGACCACCCAAACCAGAGGCCAGAUCAGCCUCGAGCUCCGCGAGAUGAGGAUAGCAAUGUAGGCCGACAGGCCAAUAUGCAACAUCCUCAACACGAAUACCCGCACCGCCCACUCGUAAGGCCACAAAGAGAAGACAGAAGACCACCGCACGGCUCGCGCCCUCCAACCCCUUCGCAACAAGAGGACAAUCGCCCUUCGUCUCGAAUGGACAGACACGACGAGAGAGAUGACAGAAAUCCUCCAAGCCGUCCUGUACAACCUGGCCCUCCUCGCCACGAUGAACUACCUAGCGGCCCCCGUUCAAAUCGGCCUUCGCAUGCGAAUGCUCCAGAUAACCGCUUGCCUCCCGAUCACCAGCGGGAUGGACGAAUGGGCCAUCCACCACCCCCUGACCCUACAUAUGGGCGUUUAAAUCAGGAUUCACGAUUCCCUCCUAGUCGUACCCAGGACACCUUUGAGCGUAAUCAAGAUAUUCCUUCCGGACCGAGGCGGAACCCAUCUGGUCGUGGUAGUAGAUCCGUUUCUACUACCGGCCCUCACACAUCUACCUCAUCAGCUGCCCCGGCCAACCCUGAUCGCCAGCCUCCUACCGGACCAGCAGGCUGGACUGGUCCACGAACCCAACCCCAUCAGGACCAGCCUGCUCAAGGCACUGGAGCCUCUGAAGACCCAAAUGCGAACCUCAAUAAAAUGGAUACUUCUGGAAUUCAUCCCGACCGACUCAGAGCCAUACAAGGGCCAAAUGACCAUGGCUUUAGACCUGGCGGUCCGCAGUCCCAGCAACAGCCUCAGCAACAGGCAGCACCGCCUCCACCACCGCCACCACCACCGCCGCCAUCGAUAGCUCCUCCAUCCGGACCUAGGGGAGGCGCUCAUGGCCCGCCAAGUGCGUCACCAACCACCCGCGGUCGGCCAUCCGGUAUACCCUUCUCUGGGGAAGGCGGAAGGGGUGAUAAACGAUUCGCUGGCCUCAAUAACAUGUUGCAGCAAUCUUCAGGGUCUGCAGGUGACAAACCCGGGCAAGGCUCGAUGGGUCGAAGCAGAGGGCCACACAGACAAAGCGGCUCUAUCAGCGGACCAUCGCCUCAAUCAGGGAGACCUCAACCUCCAAACGAUGCCCAUUCAGCUAGCAACAACACUGGAAGGUCGGAAUUAUUCCCAUCGCGCUCCAAUGGGUCUGCGCCGCAACAGCAGCAGGAAGAAGACAGCCGUAGGUCGGGCAGAUCCAGCCGUCGAAGCGAAAUCAUGGAUGAAGCAUCAAGCUCCAAACGCUCUCCACAAUCAAGCAUUUCAGGCCCUCAUACCCCUGAUCGCCCUACUGACAGGCCUAGCGAUCGCGACAGGGACCGUGAGCGCCGCACAGGCGAAGACAGCACAAGGAGCAAAGACAGCAAGAAGGACGACCGUCGAGAUCGUCCACGAGAGCGUGACCGUGACCGUGAUAGAGGUCGAGUUGAUGAAGUUGUUGAUCGAGAGGACACCAGGGGUUCACGUGAUUCUUCUUCCCGCCGCAGCGGACACAGUUCAGGGGUAAAUGCUACCGACGUGACGCCCACGAGCAGUCGAAGGAGAGAUAAGCGGGAUCGAGACGAGGGACGCGGCUCUGGAAACAGCGGCGGCAGUAGUAGCAAGGGAGUUCCGCUCCCACCUCCUCCACCGCCGCCUCCACCGCCCGAGAGACAGCAUGAAAGAUGGGGCGGUGCAGGCGUCGGCCGCAGUGAUGACAGGACUCGGGAGCGUGGUGACCGCGAGAGUGAUAGGGGAGGAGAUCGUGAUAGGGAGCGAGACCGCAGUGGAAGAGGCCGGGACCGUGAUAGAGAUCGCGGUCGGGACAGAAGGGACGGGCCAAACCCAGGGCCAGGGCCGGACGGAAGGGGACCACCUCUAACUCCAACAGGCGGCCCUGGGGGCGUUGCUGGGAACACUGGCAACAAUACCUGGCCACGGAAGCGCGGUAGACCUCACGGUAUCGGUGGAGAUGAAGGGGGCCAUGACAACUCGCCAACUAUGGGCGGGCCGAUGCGACCAGGCACCGAAAACAAACGGCAGAGACGUUGA